AUGGCCAACACCAGCGAGGCGGAUGAGCCGGGCCUGCCGGGCCCCCCGGCGGCCUCCACCUAUGCCAAGCUGCUGCUGCUGGCGCUGAUCAUCUGCAUGAGCCUGGCAGGCAACCUGGCCCUGGCCCUGCUGGUGCUGAAGGAGCGGGGGCUGCAUCGGGCCCCCUACUUCUUCCUGCUGGACCUGUGCCUGGCUGACGCCGUGCGGGCGGCCGUCUGCUUCCCCUUCGUCCUGGUCUCCAUCCGCCACGGCUCGGCCUGGACCCACAGCCUGCUCAGCUGCAAGGUGGUGGCCUUCCUGGCUGUCCUCUUCUGCUUUCACGCCGCCUUCCUCCUCUUCUGCAUCAGCGUCACCCGGUACAUGGCCGUGGCUCACCACCGCUUCUACGCCAAGCGCAUGACCCUGUGGACGUGCGUGGCCGUCAUCUGCAUGGUGUGGACCCUCUCGGUGGCCAUGGCCUUCCCGCCCGUCUUCGACGUGGGCACCUACAAGUUCAUCCGGGAGGAGGACCAGUGCAUCUUCGAGCACCGGUACUUCAAGGCCAACGACACGCUGGGUUUCAUGCUCAUGCUGGCCGUGCUGGUGGGGGCCACCCACGCCGUGUACGGGAAGCUGCUCUGCUUCGAGUACCGCCACCGCAAGAUGAAGCCGGUGCAGAUGGUGCCGGCCAUCAGCCAGAACUGGACGUUCCACGGGCCGGGUGCCACCGGCCAGGCAGCCGCCAACUGGAUCGCCGGCUUCGGCCGGGGCCCCAUGCCGCCCACGCUGCUGGGCGUCCGGCAGAACGGCCACGCCGCCAACCGCCGCCUGCUGGGCAUGGAGGAGUUCAAGGCGGAGAAGCGGCUGGGGAAGAUGUUCUACGUCAUCACCGUCCUCUUCCUCCUUCUCUGGUCACCCUACAUCGUGGCCUGCUACUGGCGGGUCUUCGUCAAGGCCUGCAGCAUCCCGCCCCGCUACCUGGCCACCGCCGUCUGGAUGAGCUUCGCCCAGGCCGCCGUCAACCCCGUCGUCUGCUUCCUGCUCAACAAGGAGCUCAAGAAGGGGCUGGUGGCCCAUGUGCCCUGCCGCAGGACAGAGCCCCCCCUGCCCCGGGAGCCGUACUGCGUCAUGUGACGGGGGGCUGGAUACGGCGGGCCGGGGGACAGCGUUAGAGGGACGAGGGCGGGAGUCUGGACAACUGGCGCCAAUCUGGAGUCAGCCCCUGACUGCAGUGGGGUCAGGGCCGGAUUCCAAUCUCAGUCAAUCCAGAGUAACCCCCUGCCUGCAAUGGGAUCGGGCCAGAUUCUGACCUCUGCUCUUCUGGGGUCAAUCCAAAGUCACCCCUGAUUUCAGUGGCCUUACUCCAGACGUGAUGGGUUAUUCUGGAUUCAUACCCAGGACUGGGGAUUUGCUGUGUUUAUUCCCCAUUGUGGGGGUGAGUGAAUGGGGGGGGCUGGAGAGUGAACCAGAGGAAGGUGGCGGGGAGAUCGGGAAAGGGGGUCCAGCCCAGAGACGCCCCCCACCUCGGCUGGGUGAUCUAGCAACCUGUCAGUCAGUAACCAGGGUCACCCCCCGUCUCCAUGGCAACAGCCAAUGGGGGCCCAACAGACCAUAUCAUCCAGGAACAAUGCAACCAGGAAGCUGGGGGGGAGGAGGACAGAUACGAUCCAUCCUCGCCCUGAAAUCCCUGGGGUCUGCGGCGAUGGCCCCGUGUUCUGGGGAAAGGGGCCAACAGCUGCAGGGACCGGCGGGAUCACAGGCAGCAGUGCCAGGUGGAGUAACAGGCAGUGAUGUAAGGGUAAUGUGUGGAGUAACAGGCGGAGUAACACACGCGAUGCUAGAGUACCCUGCCCUGACGCUUGGGUACCAUGCACGGGAACGGGCAGCGGUGCUGGAGUAACAGGCGGAGUAACACACGCAAUGCUAGAGUACCCUGCCCUGACGCUUGGGUACCGUGCACGGGAACGGGCAGCGGUGCUGGAGUAACAGGCGGAGUAACACAUGCAAUGCUGGAGUACCCUGCCCUGACGCUUGGGUACCGUGCACGGGAACGGGCAGCGGUGCUGGAGUAACAGGCGGAGUAACACACGCAAUGCUGGAGUACCCUGCCCUGACGCUUGGGUACCAUGCACGGGAACGGGCAGCGGUGCUGGAGUAACAGGCAAAGUAACACAUGCAAUGCUAGAGUACCCUGCCCAGACGCUCCGGUACCGUGCAUGGGAACGGCCAGCAGUGCUGGAGUAACAGGUGGAGUAAUGCACGUAAUGCUG